AUGAGCCUCAAUGUCAUUGCAUUCAGUGAAAAUGCACCCGAGAUGUUUAAAACAAUCAGCCAUGCAGAGCCAAGUAUCUAUGAAUCCCCAAUGUUGUCCAUUGGGACGAAUGCAUUGUCACUUUUCAUGGAAUAUAGUGCCACAUCACUACACAAGGUACUAAGGUCUGCUGAUGUUUCUUCUCUGAAUCCAGUCCUAGCUGAAUGCAAAUCAUCGGGCAAGCUGUUUUAUGCCAUUGCCCAUCAGGUGACUGGGACUGGUUGUCUAGUGGUAGAUUUUGGGCCAGUGAAGCCUUCUGAAUUUCCUACUGCUGCUGCAUGGGCUUCGCCGCAGUCUUACAUGCUUGCGGCGCUGGCAGUAUCAAAGAUCCAGUCAGUGCCAGGUGGAAGCAUGGAGGUCUUGUGCAAUACUUUGGUACAAGAAAUCUUUGACUUAGUGGGAUAUGAUAGAGUCAUGGCUUACAAGUUCCAUGAAGAUUAUCAUGGUGAGAUCAUUGCCGAGUAUAUGAAGAACAUGAAAUCGGUUGCCUCUCUAGUAAUGGCUGUUGUGAUAAAUGAAAAUGGAGAAUAUUCUGAUGCCAAGCAUGAACAACCAACAGAAUGGCGUCACCCGAGGAAGAAGCUAUGGGGCCUCAUUGUUUGCCAGCAUAUGAGCCCCAGACAUGUCCCCUUUUCGCUACGGCAUGCAUGUGAAUUCAUAGCACAAGUGUUUGCUGUCCACAUAAAUAAGGAGCUAGAAUUGGAGAAGCAGAUGCGACAUAAAAGUAUGAUAAAAAGGUCCAGUAUGAAUUUCGAGAUGGGUGAACUUGUGUUACAAGACGUGUUAGAGGCCGCAAUAAGUGAAGUACGGGUAGCUUGUCAAAGAAAAGGGAUCACAGUAUCUACCGACCAUGCAGAGAAAUUUCGCAUGCAAAGGCUUAAUAAUACGAACUUAAUGCAGCUACUGCAGAAUGUCCUGUUCGACUUCCUGUUUGCUUCUGUGAAGUUCUGUCCUAUUGGAGGUUCCAUUGUAAUAUCUUGCAAACAGACUAUGAAAAUUGGAGAAAACAUUAAUACCAUGGAUCUGGAACUUAGGUACACUUCUCGUGCACUUUAUUGCACUCAUACAACAUUUUCUGAUAUGAAGCAGUGA